CGAAGCCAUUUUCUUAUCAUAACAUAAGGAAAAAAAGGGCAGCAGGUGCAGCGUUUUUUUUCCCCGUCUCAGCACGCGGAGACAUCUAUUUAUAUUAUAUUAAUAUUUGUCUUGCGUGAACGAUGGGCCAAUGCGGGAUUACGUCAUCCAAAACUGUCCUGGUUUUUCUUAAUCUUAUUUUUUGGGCGGCGGCGGGCAUUUUGUGCUACAUCGGCGCCUACGUGUUCAUCACCUACGAUGACUACGACCACUUCUUCGAGGACGUGUACACGCUAAUCCCGGCCAUCGUCAUCAUCGCCGUGGGCACGGUCCUCUUCGUCAUUGGCCUGAUCGGCUGUUGCGCCACCAUACGUGAGAGCUCCUGCGGCCUGGCCACCUUUGCUGCCAUCUUGCUCCUGGUCUUUGUAACAGAGUGUGUGGUGGUGGUGCUGGGCUAUAUCUACAGAGCAAAAGUGGAAGACGAGGUGAACCACUCCAUUCAAAAGGUUUACAAUGAGUACAAUGGCACCAACACGGAUGCUCCUAGUCGUGCUAUCGAUUAUGUGCAGAGGCAGCUGCACUGCUGCGGUAUCCACAACUACUCGGACUGGAGGAACACUCACUGGUUCAAAGAGUCCAAAAACAACAGCGUUCCCAUCAGCUGCUGCCAGCCCAACAUCAGCAACUGCACCGGCACCCUGGCCAGACCGGCAGACCUCUACCAAGAGGGUUGUGAAGCUCUGGUUGUGAAGAAGUUAAAGGAGAUAAUGAUGUAUGUCAUUUGGGCUGCAUUAACUUUUGCAUCGAUACAGAUGCUGGGCAUGCUGUGCGCUUGUGUGGUGCUCUGUAGGCGGAGUCACGACCCGGCGUAUGAGCUGCUGGUCACUACCAACAGUUACGCUUGAAGGACUCACAUGGGCGGCAUCGGAAGGCGAGCGCCACCACGUCACGGUAGAUUUCAGCAGUAGUUAUAUAUUUAAACUCAAUUGUAUAAGCUCAAGCACACAUUGCACAAUCCAAUGAAGUAGCAAACACUGGCGACCCUGUCCCUACACAUGGAACCACGUAUUUAUUUGUAUUAAUGUUCUUUUCCCGACACUAAGCCAGCAUGUAAAUAAUGGCAAACGGCAUUAUUUUGUCUUUGAAAUAUAAAACCGAGCUCAUUCAGUCAGAAUGGCAAAGAAAAAAAAAGUGUUAUGUUAUGGUUGAAUGUGUGUCAGGCAAAUGUGCACUCAUGAGAAUUUAGUAGGAAAUUGAACAAAAAAUGUCUUCAUUGUGGUUAAAUGCACAUGAAGCCCAGCAUUAAAAAUCAUUGAGGUGCUGUGCAACCUGGGCCUUCAGUAGGGACUUAACCAACUUAAUUCACCUUUUAAUACUACCACAAUCAUACUGCAGUUAUUGAAACCAUAAGUACUUUUUUUUAAAAUGCAAUUUCGUAGCACACAACUCUGCCACAUCACCUAAAGGAGUUCGGGAUCUUAUUUAUAUAAGAUGACAACAUGAUAAUGACUAAGGAGGAGAUGCUUGGUCAUCUGUGAGAGGCUCAAAGUUGAGCAGCUGCUCUUCCGCAUCGAGAGGAGCCAGAUGGUUAGGUUACGCCUCUGGAUGCCUCACUUGUGAGGUGUUCUAGGUAAGUGUCCCACCAGGAGGCAGGUCCGGGAAUGACCCCAGGACAGGCUGGAGAGUUGAUGUCUCCCACUUGGCUUGUGAACGCCUCGGUAUCCCACAGAAGAGCUGGACAAUGUGGCCGGAGAAAAGGAAGUCUGGGUGCUGCACCUGCGACCCAAGCCUUGAAAAGCGGAAGAUGAUGGAUAGAUAGAUGGAUGGAUGAUAUUAACCGGACAUUGUGUGUUUGCUCUUUCCAACCAAUCAGAGAGUGGAGAAAUACUGACUCAUAUCUUGUUGGACCUGCAAGAGGAAUUUUAAAUCUGAUUGGCUAAAGGAACAGUCUCAUUGAUAAUUUAGUUUAAGUUACAUCUGCCAGCAACACUGAUUGUGAAGUGCCUGUGAAGAUUAGCUUGACAAAGGAGCACAUAGAGGCUGAAUGUAUUAUCCACAUACAUGUACUGGAAGGAAGCAUUGGAGCCAAGAAGAUGUUACAAAAUUAAGAGAAUAGACGGUUUGUGUUCCGGAUGUCUUUAGUGCUGCAGAUAUGGAGCCAAAAGCCAAUGGGAUGCUUAUCGUGAGAAUGGAUGUUUUGUUCAAUAUAUCAGGGAAGGUAACGUGUACAAAGUCACAGGCCGAGCAGCAAUUGGGUGCGUUGCUGGCCCGAAGCAGGAAAGCUGAUUGCAAGGGCCGAGGGUCCCAUAUUUUGGGUAUUAAGACCUUCAUAAAGUGACUCUCUGACAAGGACUUAGUAUCGAAGUAUCCAGACUACUACUACUUCAUUUCGACCCAGUUUUAUAUCCCUUUUGUCCAUCUUUGGCGAAGACCUUUCCCUUGCUUCGUUGCCUCUGUGUAGAAGACACACUUGUGAGAGUGCUGGCCCGGGAGCAUUAAGGUAACGAUGUCGAUAAGCUCAAGUUUGAAUACGAUUGAAUGACGUGAUAUUUUUUUUGGACUCUGAACAGAAAAAUGUCUAGAACUCAGUAAUGCAUGGGCGUUUUAAUUCCUAUAUUCAUGUUUAAUGAGGCAUUAUUGGGCCAAUAUAACAAACCAAAUACCAGAAAGGUUUGUUUGGUAAGACAUGGAACAUUUAAAAUAAAACAAUAUUUUUGUACAACGUACAGUUCUUAGCCAGUCAAUCAGCCGCCGCUAGCACUUUUAGCUAAUGUUAGCUGUUGACCCCGCUGCCUGAACUUGAUCAUAUUUUCCAGCUCUACAUCUUCACUCAUGCUUCGAACAAUCCUUUGUUCUACUUUUUAACUCUUGUUGAGGCUUGUCCUUUCUUUUGGCAUGGAAGAGGUUAAAGCUGGUGGAGAUAAACUCCUGUGAGAUUCGUUGAUGUCGCAAAUGGCAGUUUGUGCAAUAGUAGGGGCAUAUGAUUUGAACAAGAAGCGGGAAAAAAACCUAUCCCAACUUCCAAAUUGCUCAAGUGGUUAAGGCAGACAAACAGUUACAUAGAAGUUACCGCAAAAUAAUUGCAGCAUGUUGUGUAAAAUCCUACUAAAUUUGAGUGAAAACACAGCAGUCUGUAUGUGGGAUCUUUUUUUGUGCUACUUUGUAUGAGGAUUGGAGCUUUAGAAACAUUUUGUGGUUUUAAAAAAAAAAAAGGCUCUUUUUUUUUUUUUUUUUCUUGCCACCUCCCAAAAAUUUAAAAUUAGCAGCGAAGCAGUUUAUUUUUACCGAUUUAUUUUCAUGCUGUGACUUUAAUUCAGAAUUUGCUUCACUGUUGAAGCACUGUGAAUAUACAUACUGUGAGCCAGUUGAAUCCUCAGUGUUGUAAGUGGGAGUGUGGCAAUUAAUAAGCAUACCCUUGUGUUUGUUGGUUUGUUUGUUUUGUUUGUGUUUAGUUACUUCGUCAUGCACCCCCUAGUAGGAAUGAUCUAUUUUCUAUAU